UUGUUUCUAGUAACAGACAGUUCUUCUGGGGUGAUGGAAAAGACAGUUCCCUCCAGCCUUUUCUCUCUGAAGAGCCACAAUUCAAACGGAAGCCAUCCCUAAGUUAUCACAAUAACAUAAUGUAGCCCAGCAUUAAUAACGUUUAUUCAGCCAGUUUAGGUUAGGCUGUGAGUCUGCAAGAUUUGGGGUAUCGCCGAAAUUGGAGUCAACGUACCCUUUACAUUUUGGACUCUGUUACGUGACGAACUGUACCCAAGUUUUGAAUGACAAAAUAGGAUCACUCCUUGCGAAUGGCUCUGGCACAUAAGGGUGCUAAUUUGGAUGGCAGGGGUGGCAGGAAGUGAAUUAAAAGCAAGAUUCAAAGGCCCACUCCUGGAUAUAACUUAAGGCAUGUGUCGUGAUUCAGACUGAAAAGGAUUACUUGCACCAUGACAGAAUUCUGGUUAAUUUCUGCACCGGGGGAUAAGGCAAAUAUGCUGGCCUGGGACAGAAUGAACACAGUGACUUCCAAAGCCAGCCUAUCCUGCAACAGCAAGUUUGUCAUCCCAGACCUCAAGGUGGGAACACUGGAUGCUCUUGUUGGCCUCUCAGAUGAGUUGGGGAAACUCGAUAGCUUUGCUGAAAGUGUAAUAAAGAAAAUCGCCCAGUAUAUUGGUGAAGUUAUGGAAGACUCAAAAGAUAAAGUACAGGAAAAUCUGUUGGCAAAUGGAGUUGACCUGAUUAGUUAUCUGACAAGAUUUGAGUGGGACAUGGCUAAGUAUCCCAUAAAGCAGCCACUGAAGAAUAUUUCAGAAGUAUUAGCAAAGCAAAUUACACAAAUAGAAACAGACAUGAAAAACCGAGCAGCUGUGUACAACAACAUCAAAGGAAAUCUUCAAAAUCUGGAACGAAAAACUGCGGGAAAUCUCUUGACACGUACUUUAACUGAUAUAGUGCACAAAGAAGACUUUGUGUUGAAUUCUGAGUAUCUCAUCACUCUGCUGGUUGUAGUUCCUAAGUCAAAUUAUGUACAAUGGCAAAAAACAUAUGAAUCCCUCUCUGACAUGGUGGUUCCUCGCUCUACAAAGAUGAUUGCUGAGGAUGCAGAAGGAGGACUCUUCACUGUAACGCUAUUUCGAAAAGUUAUAGAUGACUUCAAGGCCAAAGCAAGAGAGAACAAGUUCAUGGUGCGGGAAUUCUAUUUUGAUGAGAAGGAACUCAAGUGUGAAAAGGAAGAAAUGAAAAAGUUAGCUUCUGAUAAGAAGCAACAGUAUGGUCCACUAUUGCGUUGGUUAAAGGUGAACUUCAGUGAAGCAUUUGUGGCUUGGAUUCACAUAAAGGCACUUCGAGUUUUCACAGAAUCUGUCCUCAGGUAUGGGCUUCCAGUGAAUUUCCAGGCCAUGAUAUUGCAGCCUAACAAGAAAUCUACAAAGAGGUUGAGAGAUGUCCUUAAUGCAGUCUUCAAACAUCUGGAUGAAGUAGCAGCAGCCAGCAUAAUGGAUACCGCUAUGGACAUUCCUGGCUUGCAACUAAGCAGUCAAGACUAUUUCCCUUAUGUCUACUUCAAGAUUGACCUCAGCCUUCUUGAUUACAGCUAAGAGCUGUCCGAUUUACAAAACAACUUGUCUUCUGGCAUUAUCCACAAACAAUGCAGUUAAUGAGAGCACCUUCAAUUUCAAGUUUUCCUCUUUUUUAAAGUACACAGUACACCAAGGGACCAUUAAGAAAUUGUAAACAUGGGUUCACUGUAGUUCCUAGGUUCAGUUUGACUCUGCAAAUACAAUCAUUUUGCCCUCUUCUGUUUUGCAAGUGUUAAAAUUUUGGGAGCCUUUUCUGAUCAUGUUAGAAAACAUGCUUCAUAAGGCAGUGGUAUUACAGUUGUAUUUAUUCUUUUUUUUUUGUAACGCACAAAAAGCAUUCUCAACCAGGAUUUUAAAUAAAGUCAAAGAUAUGUGGUA